AUGGCCAGGUCAUGGCUGGCCGGCCUGCGGUCUCGGCUCGGCGGCGGCGCCAGGCAGGACGGGCUCGGCAUCCUGGCCUUCGAGGCCGCGGCGGCCAUGUCGCGCCUGGUCUCGCUCCACCUCUCGCUCUCCGACGCGGAGGUCAGGAGGCUCCGCGCCGACGUGCUGCGCGCCGAGGGCGUCGCGCGCCUCACGUCCACGGACCAGUCCCGCCUGCUCCGCCUCACGUGCGCCGAGCUCAUGGCGGGCCUCGACCGCGCCGCCGACGACGCCGCGCGCCUCGGGGCGCGCUGCCGCGGGCUGCCGGACGCGCCCUUCCUCCACAACUUCGACCGCGUCUACGCCGACGCGAAGCGGGGAGCCGGCCUCGCGCGGCUGGACGCCACCGUCGGGUUCUCCAGGGGCGCCGGGAAGCGGUUCAAGAAGAUGGAGCGGCACGUGGCCGCCACGGCGAAGCUGUACGCGGAGAUGGACGCGCUCACCGAGCUGGAGGCGUCGGAGCGGCGGAUGGAGCAGUGGAAGCAGCACAGCGGGCCCAUCCCCGUGCAGUCCUCCAAGCGGCAGCCCGCGGACGAGCCAAGCGAGAAGCUGAUGGGCGAGCUCAGGUUGCAGCGGCAGAAGGUGCGGCGACUCACGGAGGGCUCGCUCUGGAGCGUCGCCGCCCACAAGGUGGCCAAGCUCAUGGCCAAGUCGGUGCUCGCCGUGCUCGCGCGCGUCUCCCUUGCCUUCGGCGCGUUAGUGCCGGGAUUGCCACCUCCGUUGACAGGCCGGGGAUGGGCGCUCGGCCACUCGUCUGGCCCCAUGCACCAGUCGACGGCGCCCGACGCGGCGAUCCGGCACUCGGCUCCGAUCUUCCGACAAAAAGACACGGCCUCGACAUCGUCAGAGUCACUCAAGCCGCCUGCGACCACCGUCGGCGGCUCGGGGAUGGAACUGCGUUACGCGAACGUGAUCUUGUCCGCCGAGACGCUGCUCAAGGUGCUGAGGCCGGCGAUCCGCAAUGAGGAGGCGCAUGACGGGAUGACGGAGCUGGCGAUGAGAGACGAGCUGUACAAGAUGCUGCCCGUGACCAUACGCGCGGCAGUGAAUGAGAAGCUGAGGGAGAGGCUGAGAGGAGGGCAGGUGGACGAGGAGGCCGCCGCGACAGCGAUGGACGCCGUGGACGGAGUGCUGCGGUGGUUGGGGCCAAUGGCGCAUGACACGCUGCGGUGGCAGGACGAGAGGAGCAUGGAGCGGAAGCAACGGUUCAGCAUGCAGCCGCGCGCGCCGAUGGUGCAGACGCUGCAUUUCGCGGACCGUCGGAAGGCGGACGCUGCCAUCGUCGAGGUGCUCGUUGGUCUCAGCAGUAUGUGCUGGUACGACGAUCAACGGCGGCGGCCGGCUGACUGGAACGAGUAG